AUGAGUCGUGCGCUCUUUGAAAUUCAACCGAUAGCUCGCUUCGGUGGAGUGAACACGACGAUCCGCAGACCAAAGGAAAUCGCAUGCUUCUCCUAUGAUGAAGAACGUCGGUUCUCAUUAGGCGAUGCAUCAAUUGCAUACUAUUAUCCGCCGGCUUUGCCGGCCGAUUUGAACGUCGGGUUUGAUACGUUCCAAAAGCUGGAUGAUUCCGCUGAUGAGCACCUGGAUGCAUUGCUCGAUACGGUGAUGGCGAUGGAAAAGGAGACGGGCAAGAAGUGUGAAACGGAUGUGAUUACGUGGCGAGGCAUGAUGACCAAGAUUUUGACUGCUCCGUUUGAUAUGAUGAAUGGAUUCAUCGAGGAAAACAAUGCCUACAAGAAUCGACAGAAACAAGUUCAAAAGAACCAAAGAAUGCCUCCGGGAAUGGCCUCGCAAGAACUCAUGAUGUACUGGGGAUACAAAUUCGAAGCCCUAUCCGUCCUCCGGAAACCGUGGGACGAAACUCCCCGGGCUGAGAUCGAAGCACGUCAAGAUCAAGUCGUCAACAACAGUGCUCAGUAUUGUUCAGUAGUGAAAACUGGCAUGGGCCAUGUUCGCAUGGUUCUCGGUGGUGAAGUGGAUGCCGAAGAUCCAAUCCACUGGGUAGAACUCAAAACGUCUGCUGAAAUCCGCAACGACCGAGACAUGGUCAAGUAUGAGCGCAAACUGCUCAAAUUCUGGGCCCAGUCGUUUCUUCUCGGCGUUCCCAAGAUUAUCGUGGGAUUUCGGGAUCAGCACGGUAUUGUGCAUCGGCUGGAAGAACUGGAGACGGCGAGUAUUCCUGGCAAAGUGAAAAAGGUGGGACGGGCCAGUUGGGAUGGGAAUAUCUGUAUAAAUUUUGCCGCGGCAUUUUUGGAUUGGCUGAAGCAGGUUGUUCAGGGUGAAGGUGUGUGGAGAAUACGCAAGCUGGAAAGGUCUCAUGUGAUUGAGGUGGUGAAGAUGGAAGAGUCUGGACAUGGAGAUCUUCUGUCGUCGUCGUUCAAAUCUUGGCGGGAGUCUAUGGCGGAGACUGUGCAUGAGUCGCAGAAUGCAGGUCAUUGA